GCGCAGGCGCAGACUCCGCGGUGCGCACACAACGCACAUGCGCACUCAGGUGCGCUGGUAAAGCAAAAAUGGCGGCGGCGGCAAUGCGCGUGGCGGCACCCGGAAUCAGGCUCAGUGCUGUAGUGAGAAGUCUCCGGGCCGCGGUGCGCAGCGUGUGCACCCAGCCUGUCUCUGUUAAUGAGCGCAUCGAGAACAAGCGUCAAGCCGCACUACUGGGAGGAGGGCAGCGCCGCAUCGACGCGCAGCAUAAGCGAGGAAAGCUAACGGCCAGAGAGCGGAUCAGUCUCUUGCUGGACCCCGGCAGUUUUGUUGAGAGCGACAUGUUUGUGGAACACAGAUGUGCAGAUUUUGGAAUGGCUGCUGAUAAGAAUAAGUUUCCUGGAGACAGUGUGGUCACUGGACGGGGCCGAAUCAACGGAAGAUUGGUUUAUGUCUUCAGUCAGGAUUUUACAGUUUUUGGAGGCAGCCUGUCCGGAGCACAUGCCCAAAAGAUCUGCAAAAUCAUGGACCAAGCCAUGACAGUGGGGGCUCCGGUGAUUGGACUGAAUGACUCUGGAGGAGCACGGAUCCAAGAGGGAGUAGAGUCUUUGGCUGGCUACGCAGACAUCUUUCUGAGGAAUGUCACGGCAUCCGGAGUCAUCCCUCAGAUUUCUCUGAUCAUGGGCCCUUGUGCCGGUGGGGCUGUCUACUCCCCGGCCCUAACAGACUUCACGUUCAUGGUAAAGGACACCUCCUACUUGUUCAUCACUGGCCCUGAUGUUGUGAAGUCUGUCACCAAUGAGGACGUUACCCAGGAGGAGCUCGGGGGCGCCAGGACCCACACCACCAUGUCAGGCGUGGCCCACAGAGCUUUUGAAAACGACGUUGACGCCUUGUGUAAUCUCCGGGAGUUCUUCAACUACUUGCCUCUCAGCAAUCAGGACCCGGCCCCCGUCCGUGAGUGCCAUGAUCCCAGUGACCGUCUGGUUCCUGAGCUUGAUACAAUUGUCCCUUUGGAAUCUACCAAAGCCUACAACAUGGUGGACAUCAUACACUCUGUUGUUGAUGAGCGAGAAUUUUUUGAGAUCAUGCCCAGUUAUGCCAAGAACAUCAUUGUUGGUUUUGCAAGAAUGAAUGGGAGGACUGUUGGAAUUGUUGGCAACCAACCUAAAGUGGCUUCAGGAUGCUUGGACAUUAAUUCAUCCGUGAAAGGGGCUCGUUUUGUCCGAUUCUGUGAUGCGUUCAAUAUUCCACUCAUCACGUUUGUGGAUGUCCCUGGCUUUCUCCCUGGCACCGCGCAGGAGUACGGGGGCAUCAUCCGGCACGGCGCCAAGCUGCUCUACGCGUUUGCCGAGGCAACUGUGCCCAAAGUGACAGUCAUCACCAGGAAGGCCUAUGGUGGAGCUUACGAUGUCAUGAGCUCCAAGCACCUUUGUGGUGACACCAACUACGCCUGGCCCACAGCAGAGAUUGCAGUCAUGGGAGCAAAGGGCGCUGUGGAGAUCAUCUUCAAAGGGCACGAGAAUGUGGAGGCCGCUCAGGCAGAGUACAUCGAGAAGUUUGCCAACCCUUUUCCUGCAGCCGUGAGAGGGUUUGUGGAUGACAUCAUCCAGCCUUCCUCUACACGUGCCCGAAUCUGCUGUGACCUGGGUGUCUUGGCCAGCAAGAAGGUACAGCGCCCAUGGAGGAAACAUGCAAAUAUCCCACUGUAAAUGUACCAAGGGUAAUUACUGCCUGGCCAUUUGCACCCAUCCCUGCCUUUUGCAGUCAUGAAACCUGGCAAUCUAAAUACCAGUAAUAACUUGGCUAAGUUUAUUAAAUUCUAGAAAGAUUUCAUUUGUGCCUUCCUAUAAAAUUGUUUUAUUAAAAAUCCUAACUAAUAUUUUUUGAGCACAAAUCUUAUUUUUUUGUGGUAAAAAUCUGAAAAAUGAAGAAAACUAAAGAAAACACUAUAGUAUUAUCACUUAGAGCUGACCCUUAUUUAACACCUCUGUGUAUUGUUUUCCUUUCUUUUCCCAAGAAUUAAUUUUUUUCUCUAAAGGUGAGAUAAUGAGCUUUUAGGGUGAAGUACUUGUCUGCUUAGGCUUUUAGUUUUCUUACUUUUAAAUAAUAUAACAGUUAAAUGAUAUGUCCUAUCCUUUCAAUUCCUUCAGGAAUUGUUGAGGAUUAAAGGAGAUGUUUGUAAUUGUGU